AAAUGUCAGUAGUGUGUUGGAGAUUCGCAUGGGUUUGUGAUGGUGUGUGAAAAAAGUGGUGCAAUGCGUGAAAUGCAAAAGCUGAGGGCGUCGGUGGAGCAGAUACUGACUGCAGCAGCUGAGGAGAUAUUUGGAGUAAUAAAAAGAAGCAUCGCAGAGAUUGAGGAGAAACUCAGUGAUUCCUCAGAACAUAGUAAAAGAAACCAGACACUACCGGACACUGUGCACCAAACAGACAUUCUGAUUAGGCCUCAUGUGGACCAAGAGAACCCAGAGCCCCCUCCCAUUAAAGAGGACCAGGAGGAUGAGUGGAUCACCCAGGAGGGAGAGCAGACAAUGAAGCUUAUACUACUAUCAGAGUGUCCUACACACAACCAAAAGCUGUGGAUGGUGAAAGAAGAGCCCCCCCUGGAGCAGCAGGAGAGGAGCCUCAGUCUGGACCAGGUGGACCCAGAACCUCUCCAUAUCAAGGAAGAGGAGAACCUGUGGACCAAUCAGGAGGGAGAACAGCUUCAAGAGCUAGAGGAGGCUGAUAUCACUAAGUUCCCAUCCACUCCUCCUCAUGUGAAGAGUGAAUAUGAUGAAUACAAAGGUCAUUCCUCACAGCUUCAUCAAAGUCAAACUGAGGAGAAUAAAGAGGAACCAGAAGAUGGAGAUGACUAUGGAGAACCAGAACUAGAAAGCAUCCAAAAUAAUGACUUCCCUAGAAGUGAUGUGGCAUGUCAAACAAGACAACAGCAAUGCACUGAGGAUGAGAAAACAUGUAAGUUUUUGUCAGUGCUGGACACACAGAUGACAGCCCACCCAACAAAGAAGCCUUUCAGCUGUUCAGUUUGUAACAAAGGUUUUGUGAGUAAAAGUAAACUUACUGAACAUAUGAUAGUUCAUACAAGAGAGAAGCCUUUCAGUUGUUCAGUUUGUAAGAAAUGUUUUGCACUUAAAAGUAAUCUGAAGAAACAUAUGGUAGUUCAUACAGGAGAGAGGCUUUUCUGCUGUUCAGUUUGUAACAAAGGUUUUGCACGUAAUAGUAAUCUGAAGAAUCAUAUGUUACUUCACACGGGAGAAAAGCCUUUGAGCUGUUCAGUUUGUAACAAAGGUUUUGUUCAUAAAGGUGAUCUUAACAGGCAUAUGUUAGUUCAUACAGGAGAAAAGCCUUUCAGUUGUUCAGUUUGUAACAAAGGUUUUGGCUAUAAACAUAAUCUUGAGAAACAUUUGUUAACUCACACAGGAAAGAAGGCUCCCUAAGUUUAUGACUAAGUUUAUGACUACUUUAAACAUAGAAAUCCAGUUCUGAUACAACAUGAUGAUCUAUAGACGGUAUGCACGUGACGUCACUGCUAGCGGAAGUCACUGCAGUUCCGCCCACUGAGUGGCAGAAAGAGGGAGAUGAGUGACAG